AUGAAAGGUCUGACACUUACUUGCCUCUUCGCUUGUGCCAUAGCUGAGGUUGAAAUUAAUGAAGACCAAGACGUAACAAUCUCCCAAAAAUUGAUGGCAGCGCUGAUGCGUAAAAGAGGUCCAGAUAUUGUCAGACCAAAGCGGCACGUUGGAGAGUCGGUCGAUGUCCGCUUUAAAAUGGAGCUUUAUCAAGUCAUCGAGCUAGUCAGUUUAGAUAUGACUUUUAAUGGCUUGCAACAUCACUUACCACAGGGGCUCAGGUUGAAAAGAGUAUACCCAUUUCUUAGAACCUUGGCCCCGUCUGGUAUGCAGAAAACUUACAGCAUUUCUUACUGAUU